UGGGGGUGGAAGUUGGAGGAUAGAUAACUCUGAGGACGGCGGACGGCCUGCAGUGGGGCCCUGGGUUCGAGGCCGCCCGCCACGGACCUGCUCUGUGGCUCAGGCAGGUCCUGGCCUCUCAGGCCUCAGUUUCCCUCCCGCGAAGAUCGAGGGGCAUCUUCGGGGAUCCAGGCCUGUUCCUAUGGGAGCCAUGAAGCUGAACAAGAGAAGCGUGGCCCACUACGCACUGAGCAACUCUCCCGCAGACCACAUGGGCUUCCUGCGCACUUGGGGGGGCCCAGGGACCCCGUCCACCCCCAGCGGCACUGGCCGAAGGUGCUGGUUUGUCCUCAAGGGCAAUCUGCUGUUCUCAUUCGAGAGUCGAGAGGGCCGGGCCCCCCUGGGACUGGUGGUGCUGGAGGGCUGCACCGUGGAACUGGCGGAGGCUCCGGUGCCAGAGGAGUUCGCCUUCACCAUCCGCUUCGACGCCCCUGGUGUGCGUCCGCACUUGCUGGCAGCUGACGGCCCCGCGGCCCAGGAAGCCUGGGUGAAGGCGCUGUCCCGCGCGAGCUUCGGCUACAUGCGCCUUGUGGUGCGUGAGCUGGAGAACCAGUUGCGGGAUGCCCGCCAGAGCCUGGCCUUGCACCGCCACUCAUCCUGGAAGGCCAUUACCAGCCACUGUAGGCCCCAGGCUGUUGACCACUUGUCUCGGGGUCUGGAGAAAGGCUACUCCCUCUCCAGGGAUUCCAGCCCCAUGGGCUUGGCGGAAGUGGCCGGCAGCGCGACAGCAGGGCGGGGCUUGGCCGAAUGUGAGUUACAGGGCCCUACCAGCCUCCUUCUAAGCAGGGGCCAGAGUCCUGUAUCCCCUGAGACCUCUUGCUUCUCUACCCUGCACAACUGGUAUGGCCAGGAGAUCCUGGAGCUGAGGCGGGGCUGGCUGCAGAGGGCCCGGGAGAGCCAGCCAAAAUGUGAGGAACCGGAUAGGCCCUGAACCUGGACCCUUUGGGUUCUGCCCUUGUCCUGCUGGUCAGGACAUGAGGGCCAAUUCUUUUUCAGGAGUCUGAUGUUUACUCAUUUCCAAAGUUGAUUUUUUAUAUUCUUUUUUUUUUAAAUUUUUAUUUUAAAGAGAGAGAAAGGAAGGGGGAAGAGAGAGAGAGAGAGAGAGAAAGAAACCUUGAUUUGUUGUUCAUUUAUUUAUGCAUUUCUUGAUUGAUUCUUGCAUGUGUCCUGACCAGGGAUCAAACCCGCAACCUUGGCAUAUCGGGAUGAUGCUUUACCCAACUGGCCAGGGCCAAAGUUCCUUUUUUUGCUGAGGGUUCCCUGGGUUCCAGAUCUACCCUCAUGCCUGGAGUGGACCGAAGAAUCAUUACUUGUAAACUCUAUUUUCCCGAGGCCCAGAGAGAAAAGGUCUCGCUCAGCAGUCACGGAAGGAGGGCCAAGUCUCCUGACACUGGGCUGGACAGCCCCCUCUUCGGGAAUAUUAAUGAAAUGGAGAAGGUAGGGAAUAUUACGUGCCUACAGACCACCUUGCCUUCCAUCUACAUGCCAAACUCAGCCACAAUUUCCAACAUGGGGAGUCCCGUGUACAUUUAAAAACCAGAAGUUAGCUACAGGGUUGGUUUCAGACUGACAGUAAAAGAGAAGGUGGAUUUAUUAUAUCACGGGGGUCUCUGGGGUUCCGCUCUUCCUGAUGGUGGGAAGAUUGGACAUGUGACCCCCCCACUCUACAGUCUGGAACGGCUCUUUGGUGGGAGAAGGCUAUCAGCCAAUAUAGAGGGGUUUAUUCUGCUCAGAAAGUGUUGGGGACCCCCUCCUCUCUCCCCCUCUCCCUGAUUAUCCAGUCAACAGAUGGUGCUAGACCUUGACCCCGGAGGGACUGGCAGCUUUUAUGUCAGAAGAAACCCUUACUGUGUUCUGUCCGCAGUAGCCAGCCCUUGGAGCUGCCAAGUGGGAAGCCGAAAAAGCGAUGGGCAGGCAGUGUGUUCCCCCAGGGAGUCCGUUUUGUGUUGGUUCUCAGUCCUGGGCAUUCUAGGAGCGUUGGCACAGGAUUCCUGGUGCCCUGUCAUGAAUUCUUCUCUCCUGCCUGGGCUCCCAGAGAAGUCUUCCUGCUUCUGGAACCACCUGGGCACUCGUCCACAGUCCUGCCUGUCAUCCAGCGUUUCCCUGCCUAGACCCUCUCAUUGCUACUCUCCCCAGCAGGCCAGGUGUUUUCUUUUUCAAUUGUUCUGGAAGGCAAAGUGGCUGGCUCCAUAGAGCCAGAGAGGCCAGACUAGCCUGAUGCCUGUGGACAUGGUGACAACAGCUGGAUAGAAGAUGCAAAGCCCGGGCAGAGGAUACCCUCGCCCCCAGUGCGCACAGUCUGUUCCUCUCUCCCGUGCUGCCGCCCCAGGCAGCCUGACGAAGGCCCAACUAGGGCUAGAGACUGAGGCUCAGAGCCUCUUGAGGCUAGGAGGCUGAAAUGCAGGGCCAGGGGCCAGGACCGGUUCUUUGCGUGUUUCCAAGGAAGAGGGGCCACUCUCCCAGCCCUGUACUGGAGCUCCCCAGCCCACUGCCCCGUGUUUUAUACAGACAUUCCGGGAUUUCAUCUUUCUUAUUGUGACAGUAUUUUUUGUAUGAUUAAAACACUAAG